UGUUUCCGGGUAAUGGCUGCUUGUCAGCUGGAGGUCAUGCUGCAGAGUGUGCAGACAGAAGUCAGUAGCUGAGUGUAGUUAAGUUUGCUCUGAACUCUUAUAAACAUUUGUACAGUAAGUGUUUCAGCUGAACUAUGGCGCAAGCAUCAUCAGGCUAUAACCCGAUCUCUCAAGAACCACAGCGCUCCUCACAGGGUCCAUUAGGAGCAAACUAUAUUCCCAAUGAAGAGGAGAGUCGUAUCUUCAGAGAAUGUAACCGGGAAAGCCUCUGGUACCGAUCCCUGCCGUUCUCAGCCAUCGCAAUAGCAGUCACUCAGGUCAUGUUAUCCAGAGGAGUGAUAGCGCCAUCUCCAAGAUUUGGUUCCCUGCCAAAGCUUGCUAUGGCUGGUGCUCUAGGAUAUUUUGGGGGAAAGGUGUCCUAUACAAAGAUUUGCCAAGAAAAGUUUAAGAAGCUGGAGAACUCGCCAAUUGGAGAUGCACUACGACGAGCUGAACUGCGUCACAUGUCUUCUGAUAAGCUGAAUCAGCCCGAGUUUGCAGAUCCCAGUCCAGCACUUCCUCAGCAGUCAGGUCUUGAGCCAGAAUUCAAGCCCACUUCGGAGAUCACCUCUCAGCCGAAUCCCUACAGCAGUUACUCUAGUGACUAUCCCUAUAGCAGCCCCUCAUCUUCAUAUGACCCAGCUCCGUUCAGCUCUGCACCCAAUGAGCCCGCUUUAUAUAGUCCGAUGGAUGACGUCAGUCCUCAAGUGCCACCUUACCAGGAAGAAGGUACACCUAAGAAGAAACCAGUGCUGUAUGAAGAGCUGCGGAAUAAAAACAGGGAGAACUAUGAGGUUACCCACACACAGAGAGCUGAACCUCUGCUGAAACCACAAGCAACACCAAAGACUGAAGCAGUCAAGAAGAACAAGUAUGGUGAUGCCUGGGAAGAGUAGGAAAGCCAUGGAUACCACAGCAGCUACACUAUUGCUCCUGAGCUGGAUAAGAAGUUUACUGCAUAUCCAGCGUGUGACUGUUUUUUAGAGGUCGCUCCAGCAGUAAAUUGUUAAGCAGUGUUUAACGUAACUGUGUAACGGGUGGCUUUAUUUUCUAAACUAAAAAAUAAAUUACAGUAUUGUUA